CUGGAGGAGGAGUGGGUAGAGAGGAAGACAUAACGGGGGAGUGUGCACUGUGCAGUUGACUACAGAGAGAGAGAGAAGGAGAGCAAGAGAGAGAGAGAGUGAAAGAGAGAGAAAGACAGAGAGAGAGAGAAAGAGAGAGAGAGAGAGAGAGAGAGAGAGAGAGAGAGAGAGAGAGAGAGAGUGGGAGAGAGAGCAGCUCGCCGGCCCAUUGAGGAAAGAUGGCUACAGUCACUGCAAACGGAGUGCAGCAAGAGAAUGGAUUCAGCACCACGAACAGCGCCGGCAGGAUGAACGGGCUUACCAUCGGCCAGAACACCAUUCCAAUGAAGGACCACGACGCCAUCAAGCUUUUCAUCGGGCAGAUUCCCAGAAACCUGGAGGAAAAAGACCUGAAACCCCUGUUUGAGGAAUUCGGAAAGAUAUACGAACUCACUGUACUGAAAGACAGGUUUACGGGAAUGCAUAAAGGAUGUGCCUUUCUAACAUACUGUGCCAGAGAGUCAGCACUGAAGGCCCAGAGCGCCCUCCAUGAACAGAAGACUCUGCCAGGGAUGAACCGGCCCAUCCAGGUGAAGCCAGCCGACAGCGAAGGACGAGGAGAAGACAGGAAGCUGUUUGUGGGAAUGCUCGGCAAGCAGCAGAGCGAGGACGACGUCCGGCGGCUGUUCGAGACCUUCGGCCAGAUCGAGGAGUGCACCGUCCUGCGUGGGCCUGAUGGGGCCAGUAAGGGCUGCGCCUUUGUCAAGUUUUCCAGCCACGGAGAAGCGCAGGCAGCCAUCAACAGCUUGCAUGGUGGACAAACUAUGCCUGGUGCCUCGUCCAGUCUGGUGGUCAAAUUUGCAGACACUGAUAAGGAAAGGACUCUGCGCAGGAUGCACCAGAUGGCGGGCCAGCUCGGCAUCUUCAGUCCCAUGACCAUCCAGUUUGGGGCCUAUGGCGCCUACUCUCAUGCUGUAAGUCUCAGCCCGGCGGGGGAGGAGACGCAGAUGAUGCAACAGCAAGCAGCCCUGAUGGCAGCAACGCAAGGGUCCUACCUGAACCCCAUGGCAGCCAUCGCUGCCGCGCAAAUGCAGCAAAUGGCAGCUUUCAAUGUCAACGGCCUGGUGGCUACUCCCAUGACACCGUCCUCAGUAUAUCUAUUUGCAGGCACCAGCACACCCCCGGGCAUCUCUGCCACAGCCGUGCCAAGCAUAGCCACCCCUAUCGGGGUCAACGGAUUCAGUGCCCUCCCGCCUCAAAGCAAUGGGCAGUCCGCCUCUGAGCCCAUCUACACCAAUGGUAUCCACCCUUACCCAGCACAGAGUCCAACGGUGACCGACCCUCUCCAACAGGCUUAUGCUGGCGUCCAACACUACGCAGCAGCCUACCCUGCCGCCUAUGCGCCAAUCAGCCAAGCGUUCCCACAGCAACCAACCAUCAUUCCCCAGCAACAGAGGGAAGGGCCAGAAGGGUGCAACCUGUUUAUUUAUCACCUGCCCCAGGAGUUCGGAGAUGCGGAACUCAUGCAAAUGUUCCUGCCUUUUGGCAACGUCAUCUCUGCCAAAGUCUUUGUGGACCGAGCGACCAAUCAGAGCAAAUGUUUUGGCUUUGUGAGUUUUGAUAACCCGUCCAGUGCUCAAGCCGCUAUUCAGGCCAUGAACGGCUUUCAGAUAGGCAUGAAGAGGCUGAAGGUGCAGCUAAAGCGGCCAAAGGAUGCCAACCGACCUUACUGACUCGUCUGCUGUCCAUACCCAGGAUGAAGGGCCACAACACCUUAUUUCCACAAGUGCAGUAAAAGUACAAAGACUUCUUGCUCUGCUACAUAUCAUGAAGGAAGCGUGGUCCCUUGAUCCUGCUGGAAACCCGCUGAAAGAUUGGGUGACUGAGAGAGGGAUCCCAGAGUUGUUUUUUUGUUUGUUUUGUUUUUUGUCUUUUCUUUCUUCGCAAAUGCCUCUUUUUUCCCUGUUUUGCUUUGGCGUCUGUGAAAGAAGAUUUUUUGCAGAGACCAACUUUUUGCUGCUGUUUUUUAGACAUGAUGGGAGAAAAAAACAAACCUUUAUAGAAACUCAUUAUGCUCAAAGCAUGCAUACUGACACAGGAUAUAGAUAAACACACACAAACACAGAUAACAAACCAAACAUACACAUUUAGAUGCUACACUUAAAAAAAUGAAAAAUGAAAAAAAAACUACUUUGUACAUGUAUAAAUACGUGCAAAUGCCAACUCAAGUACUGACGCAAACACAUGCGUGCGUGCGCACGCACGUACACACACACACAACACACACACACACACACACACACACACAAACAAACACACACCAGCCUGCUGCCAUUUUGGUUUUUGUGCCUACACAGGUGUUGUGCUCUGUGACAGGGCAAGCUCUGGAUCAAAGAAGAAAACGAGAAGAAGAGGAGAGAAGAGGAGAAUCCAGGAUAAUUUACAUGCAUCAUUCCUUAGGAAAUAGGGACCAAAGGACUAAACGCUUUUUAAAAGAAUAUAAAUAUAUAAAUAUAUAAAUAUAUAUUUAAAAACUCAUACCUUGUAGCUGCAAGUAUUACAAUUUACUCGUAGUCAAAAAAAUCAUUAAAAUCAAUAUCCAGUGGCCUACUGUAAGUACGAAUAAAAGAAAAUGGAAAUAAUGUAUAAAAAAAAAAAAAAAGACAUGGCAUCGUAGUAUAGGGGCUGAUCUUUUGCUCUGGAUGCUGAUUUAGCACCAGGUUGUAGAAUAGUAGAGUAGAGUAGAAAAAAUGUAGAUUUGCUAACUUUUGCUGUUGUUUAAAAAAAAUACUUGAAGUCGUAAUGAAAACGGGGGGGGGGGGGACAUUCAUCUGCCCCUGUACGCAACGAGUCUCUUUUUCUUGGAUGUUAAGGUAUCAGCCACUGGAUAUCUCGCUCAUCAUAAUGUAUAAGUCACCACACUCUCUUGACAGCUAUGAACAGACUGUUCUGGAAGAAGAAGAAAAAAGAAUGACAAGAGAAGAAGAAAAAAAAGACAGAACUUACUCAUGUCUGUGCUGGACAGGGUGCAGACGUUUAAGGCUUCUCACUAGCCUUCUUUGUUCAAGCGACAAUCCACUGUAAAGACCAAGCAAAAUGGACAUGGGGGUGUCUUUUGUUUUUUUCUGUUUUUUUUCUUGACCUUUUGUAUUGCAACAAGGAGUGUGAAUUAUGAAGCCACAAAUUGUUAAAGGGUGAGGGUUCUACUAAGAGAGAUGGACAAAUGCACGGUUAUGAGGGCAAUAGAAAGGGAGGAAUAAGGCGACAGCUACUGAAACUGCCAGCAGAAUGAACUCAGUAUACAAAUGAAAAAGGCCCUUAUGGCAUUAUGGAAUUCUGUCAAAAAACAAAGUAUGCCCGUAAACAACCGGGACUUAUAUAAGUGACAUGCCAAGGAAAUGUGUUUCCACUGGAGCUGCUGCAAAACUCCAGAUUGAGAAAAAUUGCCUCUUGUCUCUCGGUAGAUACAAACAAACAUUUAUUUGAAGACAAACUCGAUUUACAGUAUUGAUGGCAAAGGAGUGCAGGCUUUUAGAGCUCAUUUAGCUCUGUCAAAUAUAAUGUAAAUUCCACUAUUAACAUGUUCCCUGACCUGCUUCUUCAUAUAUUAUACAUACAGCCUAUGGGGGAAAAAAAGCUACUGCUUAAACAGACUAUAUCUAAAUUAGAUAUACUCUUAGACAUCAUUCAGCUCACUUGUAGCCUCUCUGACAAUGACGCCAGGCAGGACAGAGUAAAGCACUCCGGUACUGUCACGUCUUGAUUUAGAAUCCUGUAGCCUUUAUUUUGACUGUUUUAGAGCUCUGGAUGCAGGCUCUUCUCUAAAAGCAGAUCAAUAUGUUUGGAAUGAGUCUAGAGGGAGGAGCGAUGCAGUUUUAGUCACUCUGAACACUUCCCAAUUUUCUCUGUUAAACACCAGCUCACAUCCGUACACCAGCCCUUUGAGCGCCGGCAGCUGGCGGCAAGAGGCAUGGCUGGGCAAGAAGGAGAAAGGGAAGUGAAGAGAGGAAGUCAAUAACCAAACAUGACAUUGAGAUCCUUUAAACUGAUGCUUUUAAGAUGAUGCCCAAUGAUUUAAUCAUGAAAAUCUGAAUUUGAUAAAGCUCCUGGUGACAAACAUUAUCUGUGCUGUAUGCUAUAUGCUUUUAAAGAACAGGAUUAAAGGGUUCAAAUAUGACUGGGGUACCUUGGGCUCCAGUCCCACCAAUUCCUGUUUGUUACCGAGACUCUCCUCCUUGCCGUUCCCUCCCUCUUUCUCCAGCUUUUUCUUUUUGAGAGAAACGCAGACAAGACCUAUUCCGAAUCACUGAAAGAGGGACCGCUAAAAAUGUGCCAGCAGAUUCUUCAAUGCACUAUUAUUCUUUGUCAUUUGCAUAAGCAGAAGGAUUUGAUAUCAGCGUGCCAUCUACACCCUCUCUAUCCCCUGUCCUAAGAGCACCCAUGCCUUUCCAAACCUCAGCCCAACUGUUCAGCAGCUCUCCCCUUGGAACAGCAUUUUCGAACCUGGCUAAUGUCUGUGCUCACUACCCUUCAAUUAUCUCCUGCACCGUAUUAGACAUGCUAUUUCACCUUUCCCUCUAAUCACACUGUAAUCACCAGCCUCUAUACAUUAGCAGCAACCAAGUGAAAAAUCACCAGGAUAAUCACUUGGACCAAAUGACGGGAGAGAUGGUCCCCUGCAUGCACAUGGAUGACAGAAGGAAGAUUAGAGAGAAUUAUGUUUGUGCGCACUCCCUGGCAAGGCUGCUGACAGCUGACCUGGCACCAAUAACACUGUCGAAUUUAACCGAAGAGGCGAAGGAGGACGUGGGACAAAACCUUCCAUAUCAUAGCAAGGUGGUAAUAAUAUAAAGUAGAUUGACAUUACUGAAACUUAAAAGAGACAGCAGGAUGAAAUUAAUGCUUAUAAUUGGUUUUAAACCAACCAUCUUGCUGGAAAUCCUCAAUUCUGUAGUAGCAGCUGCAGUGAGCCCUGCGUUACGUGCUUCUUCUUUCAGCAUGUAAUUGUAGCUCUUCCGAAACCAACAUUUUUUUUUUACAAAAUAACUCAUGCUACACUUUCUCUCUCUUGCUUGUAUCCCUGCUGGGACACCGGCAAAGCACAGUAUUGUUCAGGGCUGAAAAAAUAUUUGUGAAGCACAGUAGUUUUUCAGAUUCUAAAACGAUGCCAGUUACAGUGACAGCUUUUUAAAAAUAAAAGUAGGGUAAAAAUCCCAGCCCUCCUCACUCAGCCCUUGUCGGACGUUAGGUGGAAAUGCAGGAAGCUACAUAAAUUGUAGUGCCGUGAAGUAGGUCAAAACAAAGCCAUGUUCUGCAAACCGUUUGUGCUCAUUAUUCAUGUGAAGCUGAACUAAUCGAUGGGAAAUCUAAUGUUCCAUGAGCAAUGAAAUUUCCUGUGCUUGUCUCGGCCAUCUUUAGAAUACAUUCUGCGAGUGAGGCUCCGUCAGGCUGAACAUGAACCUUGUCUUGUAUCAGAUGCUGUACUAGUUCUUACUGCUAAUGGCAGGUUGAGUCCCCAAUGAGCCAAAACCCAGCCUAGCCUAGUAUCCUGCUGUCUGCUUGGCUAACAGUGCAGUGUUCAUGUAGCAUCUCUGCUAUGCCAGGGCUAAAUUAGGCAUUGUGAAAUCAGCACUUCAACACUUUUAACAAGGGAGGUAAUAACUGUACACCCCAGGGAGGAUGUUACUAAAGUGGCAUGCAUUAAUAUCAGAAAUAGCUAUGAAGCUCCAAAACGAGAAAAUAUUGUUUGUAGACCUUUCCAUUCCCCCAUUUAAGGACAACAGCCUCAGCCUGCCCGGCUUCCAGCCUCAGUCUGGUCUUUAGUCUAGGCCAUGUUUCAGCUCUAAGAGCAGUGACAAAUGUCAACCCAGCAGGCACUCACCAAGCUGUUGCCAAAAUUUCAUUUUUGUCCUCUAAUUUACAAAAAGAAUGUCAUUUGGAAACACAUUAAAUGAAUGAGUAUGAAUCAAAUUAAUUGUGAGAGUAUAACAUUUAGCAUUCCGGGAAAAACUUACAAGGCAAUGUCAGACAUUAUGUCCACACCCUCAAAAGCAUAUAGCUUUUCUUCUCUGUGGCCAUACUGCCUUCAUUUAGCAUCUCACAAAAAGUGGUUUGGAGCACAAGUUUAGCCAGUUCUCUUGCACUGAGUAUUCAGACCACUUGCUUCUCUGCCACUGAUGCAUGUACCCAAUCUGACCCUGUAUCAUUAAAUGAGAAAUUGGGGGUAAAUACAUAGUAUACCCAUUUCCUCAGUUGCCACUACACCACUGCUCAUAAGGUCAGUCCUCUAGAGGAUCAUGUAUCCUUAGAGGGCCCCAGCCAAUGGCGGGCCGAGCAGCAAACUGCUAGAGCAUGUCUACAAGUAUCCAAACCCCUGGGUGCAUAACACUCACCCUAAAAUAGCAGUGAUUUUCAAGGAAAGGAAGUGAAAUGUAAUUGACUGAAACUGGAGAGAUAAUUAAAGGAACCUGUUGGACAGAAGGGAAGAAAUUAAUGCCUCUCAUUUAAUAGCUGCUUUGGAAAAGAGCUUUUCCGUCAUCUCACUUUAGCACAAGAGAGGGUUUUGCUGUGGAAAUGGGAUUUUGUAUGGAAAAAGGUGGAGGUGGAAAUAGGCAUUGGUUGGUGGGGGUGCUGUGUGCUAAACUGAAACUCCACAAAAUCACUCCCGAUACUCAGGGCAUCAGGCGCUAUGAUGUCAUGAUUAGUGGAGAGGUUCAGAGCCUUGCCUUACCCUGAUCCUGAGGGAGGUCGAGCAGAAUCACAAAUAUGAGGUCAGUGCUGUAAAAACGCGUCCCAUCGUAGGGAUGCUGAGCCAGCAGAAGGGCUGAUGAACCACCUAAAUUGUGCUUUGGAUUUAUAGUAUCACCAUCCAAUUCCAACAAGUAACAAACAAAAAAAAGAUGCCAUCUUCCACCCACAAACGCAAUUAAUCGCUGGAGGUGUGCGAUUAUGUUUAACAACACGGCUGAAAGUAACGAAGACAAAGACUUUUUUUAUUCCUUAAUGUAAAUAGCCUAUAAAACACAAAACAGAGGACAGUUGUAUAGCAGCUUGUGCUAAGAAGCCCAACUCUGUGGGACAAUGAUGUCACUAUAAAAUGUAUCCACAGUAGUGCAGGGAUCUAGGAGAGAUUUAGUUCUUUUAAGCCCCUAAAGUUUGGGCUCUGAACAUGCAUCCUACAACCCUAAGCAUCGGACCAAGGCUUAGACAGUAUUUGACUUAGUGUCAAACCUAAGGCACAGCCCCGGAGUGAUCCGUUAAUUAAGAUUCUGUGUACACCGACAUGUCAUGAUUUUUUUUCUGACAGAAGAAAGAUCGCCUGUGCGGUAAUUGGAUUAGUCCGAUUGGGGCUGAUGAACAGAUAUGGCAGUGACAGUAGAGUUUGUCCAUCCGCAUGCUUACCGCUUGACAGUGCGACAAAAAAGCAUCAGCCACCAUGACAAAGUUUGGCCUUUACAAUUCAAGGAAAUUAGUUUCACAAAAUGAAACUCCAGGUAACAGUUUGUUCAACAUGUACAUAAAUAACUUUGAAAUCAAACGUUUAAUACACAUGGUGGAACCCACGUGUAGGUGGUUAGGCUGAGACUGGAGGAAGGGGAGAAACAAGAGAGCUUAUUGUUGACUCCAGCAGAGCCCCCUGCCAGCUUGACCCAAUCUGCCACAGCUCUCCUGACCACACAGCUGCAUAACUCCUGUACAUACAAUAAAGCUUAUUUUUCAAUUCUGUUGAACCUUCUUUAUAGGCCGUACAAUAGAUCAUGUUCAAACGUUUAAAAAAAAAAUUUAAAGAAUAGUUAAUAUAUUUCAGUGAAACUAAGAGAAGGAACCUAUGAAAUAAUUUAUCCAAAACAGAAGAUGAAAUGAUGUUAUUUCUUGUAUAGUGAAGCACUGAUGUUCAAAAAUGGGAUUUUAUACUCAUGUUGGUGAAUGGUUCUUUAAUUUCACUCUUUUGUUUUGUUAUUAUCUACUGAAGCUGGGAUAGACCCAUUGUCAUGAGAUUUAUUGGGAUAUAUUCUUUGAUCACUUCACUUUUGUCUGUAUUUUUUUGGCCACACAAUCCCUGUAUGAAAUCCCUUGUGGAUGGGCAAGUUCAAAGAGAUUUCUUUGCUCACUAAAAGCUUCUAAAUCAAUACAAAAAUUAACAAACUGCACUGUAAAAGGAUGAUUGAUGGUACUGGUCAAGUGGAUUCAGAAAAAGUCCAUUGCACAACUGAGUUCGAAUGAAUCAGCAUUGCAUGUUCAAAAAGAAUCUCAUUUGAAGCCUUUUGUUGUUUUGAGAAAAACAAACAAAAAAAGACCCCCAAAAAUAUCAAACUUUGCAGUCAGAUUGGUUUUGAGACCGACGCGGUCAUAUCUCAUUGUCUUAAAGCCAUGGAUGGUUUCCUGGAAUGUUCUUCCUCUUGUCUAUCCCUGUCACAAUGUAAUUGUGUUGUUUCUUUUUUUUUUUUUUAAGGGUUGUUGGUAAUCAUUGAUAUAUCUCUGAUUUUCAUCUUCUCUGUUCUUACCUAUGGGAAGUUUCUUCCACAGUUUUUUAUGUAAUGUGACUCCGUCCAUUGAAGACAUUGUACCAACAGUAGAUAGUGCACCAUUGCUUUACUCCAGUCAGUCUGACUUGUUAAUGUGAGGAGAGAAUUAUGCCUUAAACCCAGCCUAUUCUCUCUGACAGUACUACCUGUGAGCGAGGUCAGAUACACUGUAUUCUGGGGAUGCCAAAUGUUCUAUCUUCAAAAGGUAUAAAAAAAAAAAAAUCUGUUGUAAAGACAAACACUUUUGCCAGAGUCAGUUUUGCCUCAAGCCCAUUCUGACACAAAUAAGGAUGUGGUCAUCCACCUCCAUUUCCAUUGGUUACAAGGACCAAAAUGUAAACAAACUCAGCUAACUGAGCAGUUUGCUCCAAUCAAGCAUUCAAUGAGAGCCUUUAAAAGAAUUCACAUUUAGUCAUAGGUGGUUUUGCACCAUUGAUCUUUGUGUCAUGAAUCAUUACAUUCCCAGCUUCACUAUCUCUUCAUUUCGACAUUCAUUAAAUCAUUAUAUAUUUGGGUAUUUAUAUUCAUAAUAAAUGGAAUACUCUUUUCUUUUAUUAUUUGACUUCAACAACCUGUUUUGUUUUUUUGUUUGAAACAGAGAUGUAAUUUGAAAUAGCGUUGGCUCGGGUCCGUUUCCCUGAUUCGGGGUGAUAUCUCCCAUAGUGCUCCUGAACUCUGUAGUUCUCUAGUUCAUUAUAUUCUGCUUAGACUAAAAUAAAGCACAGUCCUGUAGAAGAUU